AAACACAUUUGCAAGUGUAAACAGUUUAUGCUGAAAACCGGCAUUAAUACAGCUGUUGUGUGACUGCUUAUGUCCAACUGUCACUUCAUAUAUAAUUUCACAACAACAGAAAUUGCCGCUUAUUAUUUCAAACAAUUUGGUUAAUAUAGGAAGUAGUUCUUGAUUCAAAUAAAUAUGGCAUGGAAUAAGGAGUGUGUGGUACUUGUGCUUGAUGUGCGCGAAAACUCUGACAUGAUAUUUAAACAAAACGCAGUCAAAUGUGCUGCGGAAUUUUUAAAGGAUAAGAUGUGUGCAGCAAAAACAGAUCUUGUGUCUUUCGUCCUUGUUGGAACUUCACGAACUUUUAACGACGCUAACAACAGCGUCGACAAUGACGGCUAUCAGAAUAUUGUUCAGUAUCCAGAGGUUCAAGUUAGCACUUGGCAAUUGUUGAUGAACCUCUUCAAAUAUGUAAAUGAAGAAGUUUGUGAUGAAGGAAAUUGGCUUGAUGCUUUAGUUGUAGCCGCUGAGUUAAUAAAAAAUCAAGGAAAGUUAAGUAAUUCUCGCAUAAUUCUUUUCUACGAUUUCAAUGGGCAAAGUAAUGAAUAUGAUAAGUUUGAUAUUAUAUCAAAAUACAUAUUAACGAAUGAAAUUGGCUUAACAGUCAUCUCACAUAACAUUAAAUACAUAGAUAAUGAAAUAAGUGGAGCUCCACAAGCAGUUUUCACAGAUGAUCAAAAAAAAAAUAAACAUCAAUUGCAAAAUGAAGAGUAUGCUUUACGCUUAGUAUCGCACUGUAAUGCCAAGCUCUGCAAUUUCACAGAAGCAUUGAGUACAAUAUUAAAAACGGAAACCAAACGGCCAUGGUCAUGGAACUGUAACUUGUCUAUUGGUUCUAAAAUUUCAAUAGCUGUACAAGGUGUUAUCGCAGUUAAGGAAGAAAAUAAAAUAACGCUAAAAAAAUGUUAUAGUGAUUCAGUAGACGCAGUAUCUAGAGCCCCAACUUAUUUUCUUAAAGACACUAAGAUAACACCAUUAGAUGAAGAUUUGAUUGAUGGGUAUAUGCUUGCUGGUUCCUUCAUACCUUUUGAUGAACCAAUAACGGAAGAAAAAGAAACAUAUACGCCUGGGUUAAAAUUUUUGUCUUUUACCAAACAAAGCGCAAUUCCAAGUGAAUAUUUUUGCACUGAAUCACUUUACUGGAUUGUACAUAAAAAAAAUGCACAUAGUUCAGCAAAAAUGUUGGAUGCAUUAGUGAAGGCCUUAUUGAAAACGGAUAUGGCUUUAUUGUGUUGGAAAAUAUAUAGCGUGAAAUUCAACAAUCCAAAGCUUGUUGUACUAUUGCCGAAUAAGCUUGAGGAUAAUAAGCCGGCCUCUCUUUCAAUGGUAGAAUUGGCUUUCCACACUCAGUAUAACUAUUGGGAAUUUCCUCCACUAUGCUCAAAGAAAACAGAAUGCACUAAAGAACAAAUUGAAGCGAUUGAUAAAUUAAUUGAUUCAAUGGAUCUUACUUUCGAUGAAGAUAAUUCGGAUAUACCAAGGGAAACCUUUCAAAAGGAUUUAUUACCCUUUGACACACUUCCCCAUAUAUUUGAAAAAACAAUGAUGGACAUACUAGAACGCAAAGUUUUAUCAAAUGCAGGUGAUGAAAUUUUUCAAGAAAUUCUAAAUGAUAAGAAUUUUGUCGAUGUUUAUUGGAAGGUACCAGACGCAAAUGAAGUAAAGGCUAAGAAAGCCGCAAAGUUAGUAAAAGAACUAUUUCCAUUAGAGACAGCAACAAUACCAGAUAAAAAAUCAAAUCAAAGCGAAGCGAAAGAUAUAAAUACAAAUAAAGAACCAGUAACGGUACUGGACUUCGAUCAAGUUGGUAUAAAAACACCUGCUGCAGAUUUUAUGAAGCUAUUGAAACAUAAUGUGCUAACAUUGGAUCAUCAAACUUUGCGUGAUACAAAAUAUAAUUUUUAUGUUGAACAAAUACAAAAAAUUAUCUGGGAUUUAGUUUUUAGUUCACCAAAUAUUAUGAUGGAUAAAGUGAUUGAGGCUUUAAAAACGUAUCGGACGUCUAGUAAAGACUUUUUAGCUACUGAUAAUUAUAAUAAUUGGAUACGUAGUGUAAGAGAUAAUGUAAAAAAAAUGGGACUAUUUGAAUUUUGGGAAGAUGUUAUAGUCAAAUAUGAAUUAGGUCUUUGUAUUUAUGGUGAACCAUCUUUAGAAGAACAACUUAAAAUACAAAAAUUUUAUGCCAUAAAAGAUGAGGGAAAUGCCUGUGAAAUAGUUGAAGACAUUGAAACAGAUGAAGAUACAUAAAAAUUAUUAUUAGUAUUUUGAUUUAUGGUAUUAUAGAUAAUUUACAUAAUUUGU